AUGAGUGGGGAACAGAGAACUUUAGGAGGAAGCAACACUCAUAUAGGAAGAUUUAUCUGCUCAGUCGCAGCAGAUCAUGGCUCUCACUCUUUAUGGUUGCUUGCAACAUACAUUAAAGGACAAACAUCAUUUCCUGAAUUUAGCUAUAUAGCAAUGUUGGAUGAUGUCAGAAUUAUGUUUUAUAACGGUGAGACGAAAACUUUCCAUUCAAGAGGAAAUACAACAGCUGAAGAGGAUGUGUUUGAUUCAAAUGUUCUUCUGACUAUAAGUGACUACAUACAAUCAUCUUUUAUGGAAAAAUGGUUAGUAGGAACAAAUAAUUUAAAUAAAACCUAUGGAGUUAUUGCCCUUCAGAGGCUGGUUGUGUGUGAGCUGAGGGAUGAUGGUGAACCGGGACAAAUGAUCACACGGGAUGCUUUCAGAGGAUCCACCACUGAUGAGCUGCUAUAUGUUGAGAAAAACUUUACAUAUCAGGGUACUUUAAAUAUCUCAGCUCAUUUGCUGAAAACCCAUCUUGAAAUCAGCAAGAGGAAUCAUGAACAUUUAUACCCAACCUGUUUCACGGGAUUCAAACCGGAGAACGAUCACAUGAGCUCAACCGUCUUCUUUCACAUCAACCUGAUCCUGUUCAGAGACGGGCAGCCUGUAGCUGAUCAUGAGAUCACUGGAGGAGAUCUGCUGCCCAAU